CGAAGCAGCAGCAGGCGCCGCGCCUUCUCAACAGAAACCUCGUUCCUUUCCCCUGCUCGAGUCUGACCAGCUCAAUUGCGCCGCCAUGGACUCCAUCCUCACCCAGCUCCGAUCCUAUCUGCCAGAUUCCCAGCCAAUCGCCGAGAUGGCGACCAACGCGUCCAAGAUCCCCCUUCAUCCCUACUAUCCCCUCGAGCUCGAGAUAGUGGGAUACAUGGCGAACAAAUGGGACACCCUGACGCUUGUGUCCAUGUUUGGCGCUGGCUGUGUGGGCAUCUUCGCCGUCACAUACUUGAUCACCACCAGGAUCAGGCCACAGAUGUCGAAGGCGGACCUGUCUACCAUUAUGUGGUUUGUUCUGUGUGGAUGCAUACAUUUGUUCUUUGAAGGCUACUUCUCGUACAACUUCCGCCGCAUGUCUUCCAUGCAAGACCUGUUCGGGCAGUUGUGGAAGGAGUACUCGCUGUCGGACUCGCGCUACCAGACUCAGAACGCGUUUGUGCUUUGCAUGGAGACGAUCACGGCGGUGUGCUGGGGCCCGCUCUCCUUCGCUGUGGCGGGUAUGAUUGCUACAGACCACAGUCUCCGCCACCCUCUCCAGGCCCUCGUCUCGCUCGGCCAGAUUUACGGCGAUGUUUUGUACUACGCAACCAGCAUGUUCGACCACUACAUUCUCGACAUGAGCUACUCGAGGCCUGAACCGUUCUACUUCUGGGGAUACUUUGUGCUCAUGAAUGCGUUUUGGAUCAUCAUUCCGGGGAAACUCCUCUACGAUAGCAUUUCAGAAAGCGGCAAAGCAUUUGCGGCGUUGGAGAAGCAAGAGCGGAUAUUCAAGGCCAAUGGAACUGGAAAUGGAAAGCUGAUUGGGACCCUGAACGGGACCCCGAACGGCACUCCAAAAGGCAAGUCCAACGGCAAGGCGAAGAACGGCUCGAUCAGGAAACGGUGAAAGCCGCAAGAUGAUGCAGGGGAGGCUUGUUCACAUUUAGCGGCAUUUGAGGCCAUGGCAGGAAGAGGUCGGCGGAGACAGUGCCCAUGGUCAACGGUUGGGCGACGACUCUUCCGGACCGGUUAGCGUGCAUGGAAGGAGGAUCCGCGACGAUCCCACGCCCACGUCCACGUACGUACAUUACUAUUAAUAGAGAGCGACGUUUUAUUUCACCUCGAUAUCCCCCCUUUUCGCAUGAGGCACAUGGGAUCUUAGGAUAGCUGGAUCUGGGACACACGGCAGGGUGAGAAUCAAGUUGAGCAUCCUGGCGCUGCAUCUCAUAUUGGAUGGCAAUGCGCCACAGCUCCAGGGAUGUUGCCGGCGUGCAGAUGGUCGACUGCGGCCUCAGAUAGCAUCGGUUGACAUGCGGCUGGAACGGAGUAAACAACACAUCAAAUAACAUGGGCUCCCAUCUUCAAGC